AUGCUAUUCCUCCUGAUUUUCGUAACUACUCUAGCAAUCUGGACAGUCUACUUGUGGAGAGCUACACAGAGGCUUCCCAAAGGUCCUUUCCCACUUCCGCUUAUUGGAAAUUUCCACCAACUCGCCUAUACAUGCUGGAAGGCUGGAGGUACUGUCGCUGGCUUUCACGAGUUCAAAAAACAAUAUGGCAAAGUUUUCACGAUAUGGUUGGGUCCACAACCAACAGUACACAUUACGGAUAUCGAGAUUGCACAAGAGACCCAUGUCAAAAGAGCCAACGUUUUUGGACAUCGGUACUCAAAUGGGGGGACGGAUUACAUCAGAGAGGGUCGCGGGAUCGUUGCUUCAAAUGGAGAGUUUUGGCAGGAACACAGAAGGUUCGCAUUGAAGACGUUGAGAGAUUUCGGGUUGGGAAGGAAUUUAAUGGAGGAGAAGAUUAUGGAGGAGUAUAGAUACAGAUUUCAAGACUUCAAGAAGACUAACUUCAAGAAUGGAGGAAUCGAGGUGCACUCUGAUUCUUGCUUCAACCUCCUAGUUGGAUCCAUUAUUAACACUUUGCUGGUAUCCGAGAGGUUCGAGCAGAAUGAUGCGGAUUUUGAGAAGUUGCUGGAAACUGGGACAGUUGCCCUAGAAAAAAUGUCUGUUCUUGAUUCAUUUGUUCCUUUGUGGCUUAUGAAAUCACGUGCAUGGCAGUGGAGGACGAAAAAAGUUUUUGGACCAUUUGAAUUUGUUCAUGGUUUGGUUGAAAGAAAGAUUCAACAAAGAGUUAAAGAAAUCGAAAGUGGCGAGCACACAAUGAGCGAGACAGGCGAAGAUUUUGUGGAUGCAUUUUUGAUCAAGAUGGAGAAAGAUAAAAAGGAUGGAGUGAAAGAUUCAACAUUUACUCUCGAAAACCUCGCAAUCGACUUGUAUGAUCUAUGGCUAGCCGGUCAGGAGACAACAUCAACAACUAUGGUUUGGGCAUGUGCUUGUCUUCUAAAUCACCCAGAAGUUGUCGGAGAGUUGAAGAGGGAACUCGUUGGGGUUACUGGAGGCACCAGAGCACUGUCAUUGACAGAUAAACCAAACACACCGUUUUUGAAUGCUACAAUUAAUGAAGUCCAACGCAUUGCUUCUAUUCUCAACAGUAACCUAUUUCGUCAACUUGAAGAGGAUACAGUUAUCGAUGGCCAGCCCGUGUCUGCUGGAGCACUUGUUACCGUUCAACUCUCUGCUCUUCAUACCGAUGAAGCCGUGUUCAAGAAUCAUACCAAGUUUGACCCGAAGAGUCUCAUGAAAAACAGAAAUUUGGAAAAGAAUUUGAUCCCAUUUGGUAUUGGUAAGCGAUCCUGUCCCGGGGAGUCGUUGGCUAGAGCAGAGUUGUAUUUGAUAACCGGAAACCUGAUCCUGGACUUUGAUCUGGAACCCGUUGGACCAGCGCCAGAAAUCAAGACAACUGCUCCAUUUGGAUUGAUGAAGAGACCUCCGAGCUAUGAUAUAAGAUUUGUUCCGAUUGAAAAGUGA